AUGCCAGCGAUGGACGUAUGUGACACUCUUAACGAGCACGUCCAGGCAUGCGAGGGGGAAGGCAGGAUAUACGGCGUGACGCUGCAUAUGGGUGCACUUACCUCGAGCGCAAAACGUAUACUUGAGAGCGGGUAUGUGGUGUCCAUCAGCAUGCUGCUCACGAGGUUGAACUGGCAAAAAAUGUCAGACGUGGGAAUCAGACUGACGGGUGACGGACUGACGGGUGAGCUCGUGGGUAGACAGCCUCGAGUCUGUGAUGCAGUUACAUACGUGAGCAUGAGCAGGGGCAGGCACGUACAGAGUAUACUUAUGUGGUGUGUGCCGUGCCCACCACACUUGUUGCGGCACCUUCCCGACGUGUCCAACGUGCCGGCCGUGCGCCCGCCCGUCCGCGUGCUUGGUUGUUCCCCACCUGCUUGGCCACCCACCCCCGCACCUGUACCCAUGUUCCGCCCGUCGGCUGCGUUUGCACGCGGAGCAUUGGCCCUGCGUGCUCACGGUUGGCAUUGUGCCCGCGGUCAGCUUGCGUGCUCGCAUUCGACUGCACUCACCUGCACUGCUGGCCCCCGUGAUCCGCUCGUUGAAUACGUCUGCGUGCUCGUGGGCACACCGCCCUGUCGAGCUUCGUGGCCCUCCCUCAUUGCUCACGCACCCGCCGUCUGCUCGGCGGGUGACCGUGCAUUUGCGCGCCGAGUGUCGCCGGGUGCAUUUGCGCGCUGGGGGUCAUCGGGUGCAUUUGCGCGCUGGGCGGUCAGACACCACGUAGGCAUUGAGCAUGCGAGGAAACUAGCUUACAGUACUGGUGGUCUGAGAGGGUUCGAGGUAGUACUGAAAAGCCUGCCCCUCCACGUCGCGUCGCGCGCACUACGCACUGCACGCAAGUCGUUAGCGCCUGUGCAGUGUUCUGCACGGGUUCUCUCUGCAACUUGUCCGCCAUUGCGCGUGUUCACCGACCACUAUUCCCCGUCCUGUCCUGUCACCCGCACCUGUCCCGUCGCGUACCACGCGUCCCCAUGGCGCAAACAGGAGGACCGGAGCCCGAGCAUCGAGAAGGAGUGUGGAAGGCGGGAGGCAAAGUCGAGUGAGCGUGAAGGCUCGAGAGUACAGAUAACACAUAUCCGCCGAGCAGUGUGUCAGUGCUGGACAGGCAGACAGCCCCUGUCUGCGGCAGACCAGACAGCCCGCAAUGUGCACGGUUGCUCGCGCAUAACAGCUAGUGGCUGCCCAGGCUACACCGGCAACCUCGACAGCCCCACGUCUGCGACCUCUCCGCCCCAAGCCCCAAUCGCGCUAGGCAACCUUUCCAAGUCCACCUGUGUGCGGCAUCGGUGGCAUAUGCCACUUCAGCCCAAGCUCAACCCUGUAGAGCCCUUGGUGUAUGCGAUCAUCGCCGCCGCCAUCGUCUUGUCGACGUGCACGUCCCGCGCCAAUGGCCACGCACAUGCCGACCGGAUGGGCAGAAACAUCCCCAUAUUGAGCCCAAGGUGUCGAACUCGAGCACUGCAGACAGCGAACACGUCUGCCAGACGUUGCGCCGCGCGCAGCUUGCAGCAAGUGGCCCCACCGCACUCUCGUGCCUUCUGGUUUGAUAGUGAAUGUUGA